ACGAUCAAGGUCGUUGCGCGUUUCCGUCCCCAAAAUGACAUUGAAUUACGGGAAGGUGGGGGACCAGUGGUGGAGUUCGAGGGUGAAGAUACGGUGAAGCUCAAUGCCGCCGAGUAUGCUGGUAGUUUCACUUUCGACAGAGUAUUCGACAUGCAGACAAAGCAGAAAGACAUCUUUGAGUAUUCCAUUAGGUCAACAGUCGAUGACAUUCUCAAUGGUUACAACGGAACUGUCUUCGCCUAUGGUCAAACAGGAUCCGGUAAAACAUUCACAAUGAUGGGUGCCGAUAUCGACUCAGCCGAAACGAAGGGUGUCAUCCCACGUAUCACCGAACAGAUCUUCACCUCGAUCUUGACAUCGCCAAGUCAUAUGGAGUACACCGUCAAGGUGUCGUACAUGGAGAUUUAUAUGGAGAAGAUCAGGGAUUUGCUGAAUCCACAGAACGACAAUCUGCCAAUUCACGAGGAAAAGGCCAGAGGUGUCUAUGUCAAGGGCUUGCUCGAAGUGUACGUGUCGUCCGUGGGUGAGGUGUACGAGGUCAUGAAGCAGGGAGGUCGUGCAAGAAUGGUAGCAGCAACGAACAUGAACGCCGAAUCUUCGCGAUCACACUCCAUCUUCUUGAUCACCGUGACUCAGAAGAACCUGGAAACUGGAUCGGCAAAGAGUGGGCAGCUCUUCUUGGUCGAUUUGGCUGGUUCAGAAAAGGUGGGCAAAACCGGUGCAAGUGGACAGACUUUGGAGGAGGCGAAGAAGAUCAACAAGUCCUUGUCGGCACUUGGUAUGGUCAUCAAUGCACUGACGGACGGAAAGUCGACACACGUACCGUACCGUGAUUCCAAGCUCACUCGUAUCCUCCAAGAGUCGCUCGGUGGUAACUCACGAACAACCCUCAUUAUCAACUGUUCGCCAGCAUCAUACAAUGACGCCGAAACAUUGUCAACACUUCGCUUCGGUAUGCGUGCAAAGACUAUCAAGAACAAGGCCAAAAUCAAUGCGGAACUAUCACCUGCCGAGCUUAAGGCCUUGCUUGCGAAGGCGAAGAAGGAGUCCGUCAGCUUCAACGAGUACAUCAAUGCCUUGGAGGGCGAGAUUACAGUCUGGCGAAGUGGAGACACUGUGCCAAAGGAGAGAUGGGUGACAAGAGAGAACAGUUCGCAGUUUCAACCGGCAAUCAGCACGCCGCUCAAGGCGUCCUUCGCGGACAGCCCUACAUCCACGCCAAGAGCCAGUACACCCAUCGUCGCGCCAGUCUCUCUCGAUAAGGACGAGAAGGAAGAGUUCUUACGACGAGAGAACGAGCUGCAGGAUCAACUUUCGGAGAAAGAGUCACUCCUAGCACAACAGGAAGCCGAGCUCAAAGCCGCUCGUGAAGAGCUUGAGGCUACUCGCUCAAACUCGAUGUCCGCGGUGAAUUCGAAGAAGGACCUGGAGCUGAGGAUUGAGGAGAUGAAGAUCUCUCUCGAGAAGGUCACUUACGAGAGCAAGGAAGCCGGUAUCACCAUCGACAGUCUUCGUGAACAGAACACGGAGUUAUCUGCCGAACUCGAGGACGUGAAGCGCUCAUUGACUGAGCUCAAGCUCCGUGGGGCUGAUGCUGACGCUGAAGCCGAGAAGGAGAGGAAGAAGUUGGGGAAGAUGAAGGAAAUGAUGUCUUCGUUCGAGCUCAACGGCACUGACGCUAUGUCAGAGAACAUUGACCGUGCCUUGCGGGACGCCAUGGAGUUUGCCGAGAUGGAAGGCGAUGAUGCGAAGAGGGACGUGCUCAAGUCAAAGUUGACCGAAGUGGAGGUGCACUUGAACAGCCUGCAGCAAGUCGCAAGAGAUCGUGCGAUCGAGGUGCAUGCUCUCAUUAAGAGGAAGGAGGAGCUCGAGGAUCGUCUGCGAACGCUUCAGGCCUCCCACAGCGAGCUAUUGGAGAGCAAGGUUGGUGAGGCUGGAUUGAGUGCGGAUGAGUUGAGGGCCAAGGUCGAGGAGGCCUACGCACGUGAGAAGGUUAGUUCGCAGGAAGAUGAACUUCGACGAGUGAUGGAGAAGAAGGAAGAGGAGAACAAGGCAUUGAAGGAGACCAUCGAGGAGUUGCAGAAGGCUGCUUCCACCGCUCAGGCUCAGCAAAAUGGUACCGCUACAUCGCCAAGCAGGGCCCAAGCACGCUUGGAGGCCCAACUUGCUGAGUUUGACAUGAUGAAGAAGUCCUUGAUGCGAGACUUGCAGAACCGCUGCGAGCGUGUCGUCGAAUUGGAGAUCUCCCUCGACGAAGCCCGCGAGCAAUACAACAACGUCCUCCGCGCAAGCAACAACCGCGCUCAACAACGCAAAAUGGCAUUCCUGGAACGCAACCUCGAACAACUCACCAAUGUCCAACGCCAACUCGUUGAACAAAACUCCUCACUCAAAAAGGAAGUCGCCAUCGCCGAACGCAAGCUCAUCGCUCGUAACGAGCGGAUUCAGUCUUUGGAAGCUUUGUUACAGGACGCACAAGAUAAACUCACCAUCCAGAACCACAAGUUCGAGACGCAUCUUAGUGCGGUACGGGAGCGUAUCAACGCCUCGAGGGCGGAGAAGUUGAGUGCGAAUGGAGCUGGUGGGUUUCAGUUUGGUGGAUCGCGGAUUGCGAAGCCGUUGCGUGGAGGAGGGGGU